AGAAUGACACGGCCAGUCGAUUCAUAGAACCGGCGAAGAAGAAGGCGGAAAGGUAAACAAGUGUGAAACACACAAAAUGUCGAUCGUCUUUGUGCCCAAGAAACUACGAGGGAAGGCGAAGGUCAACCAGGAGACAAUUCAGAGGUUACUGGAUGAAAACGACCAAUUAGUGAGAUGCAUCGCUGAGUACAUGCAGAAAGGACGAGCGGUGGAGUGUGUGCAGUACCAGCAGAUCCUGCACCGCAACAUCGUUUAUCUGGCGACGUUAGCUGAUGCCAGCCCAGACAACAUGCCGUCCUCAGCAAAUACUGCAGCCUCAACACAAUCUGUGAAUAAGCACGGAGGGACAUCAUGAUGGCAAACUCUUUGACACAGGAAGAUAUAUUUAUAACUAUUGUUUCAAGUAAUGAUACUCAUGCCAAGAUCACUGGUGUUUUAGGCCAGUAAUGUUACAUCAAAUGUAUUAUGUGGAAGGAAUACGUGAAUACAAAGUAUUCUGUCGUUUUGUACAUUAAAGUCUUUUCUGUUAUUUAAACUUGUUUCAGUUUUUUAAAAGUCAUCAGACCACACUGUGUCCACACAGGACAGUGAGCAGCAGAACAUUUCAGCACAAAGACUACAAAGACAGCUUUUUUUUUUUUUUGAAUUGCUAAUCAUUUUUAUUCAUUUUUUGCAUUGCUGGUACACUUGGAAAGAUUCAGUUGCCAGCUCAAGAGAACAAUAAGCAACAUAAGCCAAGCAGUCCCCCUUCAUAUCAUCUAUCAGGGCAACGUGUUUUUAUUAUUAUUUUUUUUUUCCUUUUGUAGAAGCCACUAGUAAACCAUUUGACACAGCUGAGAAGCUAACAGUUACAGUCCACGGUCUGUAAUGAUGUCUUUAAAAAAAGGCUGCAACAGUUAGGGAGAGAACACAGACAAAAAGCAACAAACCCUAUAUCUUGAUUGUGCAAAGCACAUUAACUAUAAAAAGAUAUAUAUUUAUAUGUAUAUACAGCAAACAAUUCUCUGUAAACAUGUUAAGUAUGUUAGUUUUCUGAAAACAUGGUGUCAUUUCAUAAAUACAGGCAACAUUGGCAUCCGCAAACAUCACAAAAAGAUAACAUUCUGGGCUUUUAAAUGCAGCCCAUUGCCAUAGAAACCGAAGAAACAAGGGCUCGAAAAAACCCUCAUCACACAAUGUUUUAGUGUUUAGCAUGGCAUAUUUGGUAACCUUUAUAGAUAGAUGGUGUAGUUCAACUGUAGGAAAAAAAAUGUGCUUUUUCACAUAUUGGGAGGUGGAAAAUAAUGUUUUAUGUAAUAUGCCUACAAGAAUACUAACAUACAGUAAUGGUAUAACAUGUAAGAAAAUACAAAAAUAAGAUUAAUACUGUCAAUAAUUGUACAAGAAAAAUAUUGUAUUAUUAAACAGAGGAAACGUUUAUGGGAGUUAGUGUCAAUUUGGAGCAAACAACCGCCAAUUAGAGAGGAGGAGGAGGAAAUGAAAGCGCUUCUGGAUGUGAAGAUGUUCCCUAAUGCUCUCGUCCGAUAGGGUGUGUUACUUCACCGUUUAUCAAUAAUAUCAGUCCACCUCUUAUCUCUUCAGCACCAUUCAUCUUCUGAACAACGCUUUGGUUGGAAAUAAUAUUCUGCAAGUGCUAUCAAUACCAACAUGGCACAUUGUUACUGCUAUAAUUCUUAACUCUGG